GUCAGUGUCAUGUGAGCUGCGAUUCUGUACGAUAAGUGAGUGUUUAUUAAUCCAAAACAUGAAACAUGAAUCUCCAGAAAGUGUCACAAGCAACGAGGAAAGUUGCCCAACACCUUCGUUGUUUGCUACAGCCGGACAGUAUUUUAACGGGAGUUUUAUGCGUGUUGUCUUUCAUGACAUUACUUGCUGUUUUAUCGCACGCUAGUGUUCCAUUCAUUUUCAUUGCCGCACUGUGUGGAGGGGGAUGGGCAACUUCGAGGGUGACUUCCCACGAAUUUCAAGUUGGGAAGACCCGGGGAAUUUUGCAGUUGAUGCCUGAUCUUGUGGACCGUUGCAAGGAAAAGAGAAAAGAACUCACUUUGCCGGAUGUUAAUGAAAAUUUAAAGCAUUAUUCGGUUAAGGAGUUUACCACCAGACACAGUGAAAAGGAUGGAACAAUUUUUCGAAAUACACAGUGUUUACAUACAUUGCCAGUACCUGCCGUGCCUGUUUCACUGAAACUGACAGACACCGUCGAUAAAGAAUUGCAACAUCUGUUGAAAAAUGUCAUGCUUGACUUUAUCUCGUCUUGGUACGACGUUUACAUCAGCGACCACAACCGCGGCUCUGAACUUUUCCUUGAGCAUCUUCUCCAGACAUCCAUGAAUCUUUGCAAUCGUCUUGCGUCAAUAGAGAAGAGGACUCUCGUCACAAAGUUGUUACUUGAGUUCCGAAUCCACGUUUACCAAUUCCGAAAAGCCACAUCAAGUUUGAGGAAGCUACCAAAUAAAAGAAACGGAAAGGAAUUCGAACAUGAUAGCAGUAGUUUAGUUGCGUCCUAUGAAAUGAUGUCGCUGUUACAUCCUGCAAUACAAGGAGCAGAUAUGGAAGCAGACUUUCUAAGGAGCACUAUGGAUAUUCUGGUCAACUGUGCCGUUCCGAAGAGUGUAACCCAGUGUCGAGCGAGUACGUUAAUCAUCGUUGAAAUUCUGACGUGCAAUAUUCUCUUGCCUCUUUUGGAUCUGCUCUCCGAUCCUGAUUUUCUUUACCGACUCAUCCUUCUGAUUGUCUCAAGUUCUGUUUCAGAAGGCGGACCGAAGGCACCAGCAGAGAGUAAUGAUGUUAGUAAAUGUAGUAAGCUAGAAAAACCUAAUUACCAAAGUGAAGAAACGAUCAUUCCUAUGCAAUCGUCAUACCACAUUGAUCAGUCCCAUCAUUUAGAGACAGGUGUUACCGCAUUGGCGGCAGAUCCUACUGAACAGAACUUUCUUUUUAAGCAAACCCCUGCAACAGCUUGUGGUAAACCAGACGCGACAAGCAAGAAACGAUUACCUUUUGAAACUGAUACAUCACAGUCAAUUCAAAGUAAUGAAAGUGCUCAUCGUACCAGACGUCCGCUACAGCCGUCGUUAUCCUUUCCAAUUUGUCGAUCUAAAUCCACGGACCCUAUUAAUGACGCGAUCCUUUCAAAAGUACAUAAUGGAUUAAGCUUCAUGUACUACUCAUCGUCAACAGUUCCAGUCGCUCCAUUAUUGGAUCACGCCCAAUCAACAUUACCAAAUAGCCUUCCAAAGAUGAUCAGCUCUCCUAAGUCUGUCGGAACAAAUCCUAAAGUUCAUCGACGGAGUGCCUCAGAUACCAGUUGUAAUCCCGCAUUCAUUUCAGGAGAUCUACUAAGCCAUGUAACUCUGAAUCCAUGGGUCACGCCAAGACCUCCAGCGGAAGGUGCAGAAAUUGAUGAUCUCAUCGUAACAAGAAUCCCUUUGACAGGAUUGGAACCUGCGAUUCUAAUAGCACCAGAGAACGAAGACUCUGCGGAGGUCUUUCCUUUCAUCAAUUCUAAGCCUGAUGAUCUGAAUUCACCGCUAACAACAGGCAUAGAUUGCCAGUUUCCAUUUGACGAAAGUGUAAAACCACAAGUUAGUUCUACUGUUGACGCGGCGCAAAUUGAUGAAGCUGUAGAAAUCUUCAAUAGCACUGAUGAUGGUGUUGAAACGUACACACGGACAUCAGUUGUGGACAACGGUAGCAACGACAAUACUACUGAUGGGUCCAUAAUGCGUCCGAUUCCACAAUCAAGCUUAGCAGAGAAACCAGACAUUGAUGUGCCUUCAUCACCCAUUAACAAGUUACUCAGACGACUCUCAAUAAAGACUCUCUCUGUACCUGAUGGCCCAACCCAAAAUAUUCAAGAUAUGACUCAAGAUCAAGUUCACAAAAGUGAUGCAACCAAGAAAGAACUCUCCCCAGCAAGAGUUUCGAGCUGCUCCACUUCAUUGCUCCCCAUCGACGAUCAAGCAACAGGUAGUAGUUCAAUAAUCCCAUCCGCUGAAAAUCCUAGGAUAAUUUCGAUCACUUCACAAGGCGCAGAAGAGCCCAUCGAUGCAUGUCUGACGUCGGAGGUGCAUUCUUCAGAGAGUUUAGAAGCUGUGGCUGACCGAGUUGGCAAUCUCCUCAUUCCAAAGGCAGAGGUCUGUAAAGAGACCAGUGGAAAGAGUGAAUUCUUCAUGUACUCAAUACAGUUUGAUGUGCAGCCAGUCUCUCCAUUGCAACGUGAUUGCUCACAAACCUGUGAUGACUCUUUAUCAGAACGGCGGCUUGUUAAGAGGAGACACAGGGAGUUUGUCAAUCUCCACUCAAGGCUGGAUCAUAACCCUGAGCUUAAAGCUAGCUUGAAAGGGUUGCGAGAUGUCCCCAAGCGUAUUUCUAUUCCCCUGGCACCAACAGCCAAACCAGCCAUUCAGCAACGACGUUUUAGUCUUCAAAAUUAUCUCCAGCAAUUGCUUGCAAAGCCUCUGCUACAUUCCAGUAUCGAAUUGCGGGAAUUCUUAGCCCUAGAAGGCAACUCGCACGUAGAGUAUGUCAGACAUCAACCGAGGAUAGACAAGCUGCUGAUGCAUAGGAUGUCGGGCUUAGUGGACACUUUCAAGUCGGCCCUGCCUAGAGCAUUGAGUGAUCAAGGUCCCAUGCCGCCCAUAAGCUCGCCCAAUUCACCCAUUAGGAAGACAAAGUCGUCAAGGAGUCUCUCGCCCUCUGGGUUACCGAGGCCGGGCUCUCCAAGGCCGGGCUCUCCAACUCCUGGUGAAGAGCAGGACGGUAUCGAGAGAAUGGUUACGUUUGGCAGAAGACCCAAGACAACACUUCAACUAGCAAUGGAUUCCAUCAUCCAAGAUCACAACAGAAUGAAAAUUGCGACCCUUUCGAGAAACCCAUCCUCUGACAACGAUGUAGAUAGUAUCGGCCUACGUUCAGAAGGAGACGGCUCCGAGUCUCCCGCCCAAGCUGUAUCAGAAACAGACAGCCCCCUGUCUCCCGCCCAAGCUGUAUCAGAAACAUUGUCGAGUAACCCAGGCUCCGUGUUUGGUUCUGAGGAGACGUCUCUGUUUGAUGCCGUUAUGUCUUUACUUGGAGAGGCACUCCACGAUAAGGAAUCUUGGUUUCUUGAUGAGGGAUUCCAGAAUGUGUUGACCAGACUCGCUGGAGGCCUCUUGGAUGGGUGGAUAGAGCGACAAGUUCAGCUCCUAUUCUCUGAACAUUGGUGUGCCUUCUACCUGUCGGAGCUUCGUCAACUCCUAUGGCCUGAUGGGAAGUUACUUUCAGCCAGCGACGUUGUCAGGACGGAGGCGGAGAAGGCGUCCACCAAGGAGGAAGUUUUGGAGAGCUUUGUUGAUCUAAUGCCAGAUUCAUUCUACACGUUUGUUGACAAACAAGACUGGAAGGAUGGUCUCCAGCUACUACUUGACUCACUGGGAGAUCCACAGCUUAACAGGCAUCUUGUGUUCACUGCGUUGGAUCUACUGAUGGAUUCGCUGAUUGCUGAGAUUCAAGACGAAGACUUUCAGAAAGACCUACUCUCCAGAGUGUAAAUGCGGUGAGGACAGAGGUGCAAUUUUGUUUUGUAAUCGACCCUCCCAAGAAAUGUGCAUGCGUACAGACACUAUUGGUUGGCAAACGCAAUAGAGAUAUGCACUGAGCAAAUGUGUCUGCGGCACGCUACGAUACAAAUAGGCGAUUAUUUUGCCAACCAGCGUGUAAGUGCGCACGCGUGACGUACAGCUUACAUUUUUUGUUGGAAGGGUCUUUUGUUUGACCAUUCAGUAUCAUUCACUGGUUGUUUUGAAAGAUAGCUACAAGCUUGCCACAUCAUGGUGUGUCGUGAAUACAUCUACACUACUCGGUAUGCUUUGGGCACCAAAGCAGAAAUUCUAUGUUUGGACAAGAUUUGCAGUUGAAGUAGAACUAUUUUUCAAACUGCUUUUUCAGAGACUUAAUAUUUUAUAAGAAUCAUUUAAAUACCAAAGUAAAGCUGACUUCUUCCUCAUCACAGAACUCUCAAUGUCAUGAAUGUGUUUUCAAUAUUUCAACUGUUUUGAUGAGUUGUUUAUUCCCAAACACAUAUGUCGCUACGUGAAUAUGAAAAAUACCAAAGAAGUGCACACAAACAAAUGCAUACCUCAUUUUGUGAAAGCCCUCAACUAGCAACAGUGAGCAGAGAAUAAGAAUAUCAAAGUCUUAUAUAGCGCACGUAUCUACCAAAAAGGUACUCAGGGCGCUUACUACUAUACAGAAAGAGAGGUCAUUGAAAAUUAUGAAUUCUGAAACCAAAUUAUGUAAGAGGGUUUACAAGGUGCUACAGCGCAUU